GUGAUCGGCUACUCGCGGGGGGAUGGGCUACGACUCGGGGACAACAAGGCUUUAGCAGGAACAGGACACGGCCACCACGAUGAUGAGUGUGCUGUGCAGGCGAGCCAGCCGGUGGAUCAGAGCAACUCAGAGUGUGAGGUCACUGAGGUUUUUCUCCACCGCUGGAUCUUCAGGAUCAGAUGAGCCAUAUAUAGCAGUUUCGUCUCACCCUGCAGUGGGCCCCAGAACGGUGUGGCCCGAUGAGACCAUGGGUCCGUUUGGCCCUCAGGAUAAACGCUUCCAGUUGCCGGGUAACGUGGGUUUUGACUGUCACCUGGGCGGGAUGGGUGAGGAGGAGCAGGCAGCACUGACCCAGAACACGGUUCCUGAUGUCCUCACGGCACCGUCCAACAGCGAGAGACACGAGUUUGUGCUGGCACAGUUUAUCACUGAGUACCAGACUAAGGAGGCGUCAGUAUGGACUCAGAGAGUCUGCAAAGCGGAGGAAUAUUUUACUCACUGUGAUGUGGAAUGUUCUGUGCAUUCCUGUCCCGAGCUGCUGAAACAAGAGUUAAAAUCAUUUUUUCCGGCUCUUCCUGUCAGUGCCAUCACUGUAGUGACGAUAAAGCAGAAAACAACCAUGACGGAGGCAGACUUGAAAACACAACAGCUGCUGGAUAACUUUAUUAAUGGUGCUAAAGAGAUAUGUUUCCUGUUGUGGAGAGGUGGUUACUGGGCCGACUUCAUCAACCCCUCGUCUGGGAGAGCUUAUUUCGGGGAAGAGUUACAGGACCCGGUUCUCCAGGCGGAUCAGCGCCAUCACUCCGGGUUCCACAUUGAAGACGUGGCGGCCUGCAGACUCACCGUUCAUGUCCUGAGCGAUGCGCGUGCCUUCGCAGGGACGCUGAUCACUAACGCGCCAUCCGGCAGCCUCAUCAUGCAGCGGCUCAGAGGACACACGCCCAACAUUGCAGUGUGAUGGACACUAACGUAGGUCUGCUACUGACUCGAGUGUGGGGAGAUUUAAUUCAAACUGUUAUUUAUUUACAUCCUGAUAGUUGUGGCAUGUCUGAUUAAAGGGUGACGUCACCCAGAUAUGCACUGACAAUUCUGUUUUACCAAAGUUUAAGGGAGUUAAUUAAUGCUACCUGGAUUUUAGAGGUGAUGUGGUGCUUCAGUGAGAGUCCUUAUUCAAUCAAGGUUGUUAUACAAUGGAGUUUAAUUCACAGUGAGAAAUUGUACAAGUCACACAGAGGUGCUAAAUUGUUAUUGCCUGAGAGAAGUACAAGAAACUCUCAUGACAGUCUUAAUAAUUUCACAGCAUGAUUAUGUACAGUGAGGAGAAAAGCCAAAGUGUCAUUCUGUCAUUGAUUUCAGGGUCUUGACUUGAGGUAAAAUGUCCUCCAGACUCUCAGCACCUGCACACACAGAUUUAUCUCACUAGGUUCUGGAGCCACAAAAGUAAGAGCUUUAUCCUGGUCAGACUACAUGCACACACACUUCCAAAAGUAUUAGAAUAGCGAGGCCAAUUCUACUCUUUUCACUUAAAAAAGGGGGCGGUCUGCCACCACAAGUGCUGUGUUAAGCUGUUUACCCUGUCAAUUUAAAUAUCAGGAAAUGAAAGGUAAAUAUCUGAGCUAUAGUCUCAAACAUCUUCAGUGUAUAGCAGAGGGUUUGGUGUUCCUAAACUUUUGGUGGGCCCCUCCAAAAGUUUAGGAACAGUGUUCCAAUGCUUUUGGAGGGGCCCUCCAAAAGCAUUGGAACACCAAACCCUCUGCUUUGCUCUACACUGAAGAUGUUUGAACUCGAAUGCAAAACCAACCUGGCCUUGCGGUUCCAAUACUUUUGGGGGCUUGUUCAGUUGGUCGGGUUCAAUGCCCGAACUGAUGAUCACAUCAGUUUUUCUUUGGCUAAUCAGACACAAGGUACGCCACCACUCUUGCCGGAGCAGUUGGAGGUUAGGUGCCUUGCUCAAGGGCACUUAUGUCAAUCCUGCUAGUCUGGGGAAUCGAACCAGCUGGAGAUUUUAUUUUAGUGUGUGAAAAUCCCAAGAGAUUAGCCAACUACAUAAAAGUGAAUUGUAAUAUGUAUGAUUAUACACACACAAUUACUCUCCAUCAUGUUCCUGUGUGUAUACGUACCCAGUGUGUUGAGCAGCUCGAGGACCAGCGAGUGAAAUGCAGGAAAGAAUUCCUCAUGUUCCCUCAACUUCACUAUAAUGCUGACAAAGACAGUAGAAAUAGUUGGUCAUGGGCUUCAAGGAUGUUUUUCCUUCCCCAAAAAAACCCCAAGUCAAAAUAACUUUCUGUACGUGAUAAAUAUUGCCCCUAUUAACUAAUCUCACACGCAGGAAACCCUUGGGGGUUGAAAACUUUUGCCCUUAACUGCUGAUCAGUGUUAAAGUGCAUAUCACGGGUAAAUUCAGGAGCAAGAUCAAUGUAAUUCUCCUAUUUUAUAUUAAACUUUGGUGAAAUAUC